GCCUCGGUGGGGGCUCUCGUUCAGGCUGGGGCCCCAAAAGUUUCGCGGUGAAAGUUUGAGCGCCGGCGCCUCCCGGGAGCGGCGGGCAGAGGAGGAAGAAAGUCCACCUGCAACCCUGCCAGAAGAUUAAAAGCUACCAAGUUGCCUUCCUGUUAGCUCCAACUCCCCAAAAUACAGGUGACUUCCGUGGGGACUGCUUGCUGACUUCUAGCAGUGCUGCAGGCAGAUGCUGUCGAUGUCAUUCUACAUGAACAACACAGCUUUUGUCUGGGGGAAAACAGAAGAGGUUGGUGUCUCAGGGGAAGAUGCUGAAGAAGAUGCAGGCACGCUGAAGAUUUCCGGGAAGUGAGCCAUGUGUCCCUCUGAAAGCUGAAAAGUAACUCCCUGCUAGGGUCAUGAAUCUAAGACAAGUUUUUGUGUCUGUACUGAUGUUUGGAGUAGCUGGUCUACUCCUCUUCGUGUAUCUGCAAGUUUGGAUUGAAGAACAACAUACAGAGUCUGGAGAAAAACUGCAACAACAGAUAAUUAAUCAGGAUUUCACAUUCCCCGCUCUGGUGAUGCCGAGAGGAGCAGUGUGGAGCAGGAGCACUCCUUCUGACCUCAGUAAACAUGAGAUGGCCAUCGUGGGCAGCAGGCACUGGCAAGGCAAGGCUGACCUGUUUGGUGUGGUGCCUGCCUCCUUGGUGAGCCAACUCUCUGACCAGCAGAAGAUAAGUGGGUCACCUCUCAGCUGGCUCAGAGGGGUGUAUUUACCUCCUGCACUACACCCUUUAAACAAGACGUUAGUCAAGGAUGGCAAAUGGAAGGAUGUGGAUAGCACCCAGGAAAAGCGCAGGUACUUCCUGCAUGACUUCUGUAAGAAAUACAACAGCAGAAAGAAGCUUCAAACCCACCUUGUGCACCUGGUGUCAAGAAUUUACGUGGAGGACAGGCACAAGGUCCUAUACUGUGAAGUGCCUAAAGCAGGCUGCUCCAAUUGGAAAAGAGUCCUCAUGGUGCUCAGUGGACUCGCCACUUCAGUACACAACAUCUCCCAUGACGAUGUGCACUAUGGAAAGCAUCUAAGGAAACUAGACAGUUAUGACCUAAAAGGGAUAUACACACGCUUGAAUACAUACACCAAGGCUAUAUUUGUACGUGAUCCUAUGGAAAGAUUGGUAUCCGCCUUCAGGGAUAAAUUUGAACACCCAAACAGCUAUUACCACCCAGUAUUUGGUAAGGCAAUAAUUAAGAAGUAUAGACAUAAUGCAAAUGAAGAGGCAUUGAAAACAGGAUCGGGAGUUAAGUUCAAGGAAUUUAUCCAAUAUUUGUUAGAUUCCCAUCGCCCAGUAGGAAUGGACAUUCAUUGGGAGCAAGUCAGUAAGCUUUGCUAUCCCUGCCUCAUCAACUAUGAUUUUAUAGGAAAGUUUGAAACCCUGGAAGAAGAUGCCAAUUACUUUUUGCAGCUGGUUGGUGCUCCAGCAGAGCUGAAGUUUCCUAAAUUCAAAGACAGACAUGCCUCUGAUGAGAGAACAAGUGCAGAAGUAGUGAGGCAAUACUUGAAAGAAUUGUCUAAGGAGGAAAGACAGCUGAUCUACGACUUCUAUUACUUGGAUUACUUAAUGUUCAAUUAUACAUCACCAACUGUAUAGCACCAGAAUAGCUUCAGGCUUCUGUUAGAUAUUUAUCAUUUUGGUAUUCAAAACAACUACUUUGAUAUUAGCCCUGAAAGGAAACGAAGUUGCUGCUAAGUGGAGUUUUCUUGACUUAGUGGGGCUUUUAUAAGUUAGAGUGAUAUCAAUUGACAUUAAAUUAUAGGAGAAUGCACAAAAAAGACCUGUAAACAGCAUAAAUUGCACUAAAAUGCCUGAAAAAGCUACUUUUACCAUAAUGGAUUAUACUGUGGAAGCGGUAGUGCAGCCAGCUGUUGCAUUAGCUUACCUAAUGUUCUUUUAAUGGUUUAAGAAAAAAAAUUAUUCAGAGAAGCAUGAUUCUUUUUGUGUGUGUGCCUGCUUUAGAAAUUGUUUUCAAAACUAUUUUUGAAUGUAUUUUUUACUUUCUGUCACUUACUAGUAAAGAAGCAUUGGCUAAUUUUCUAAAAUGUUUGCAGUGUUCUCAGUUGCAAGGUUUGGUUGUUUUGAUUUCCAUUAGACUGUAGCUGGUUUUAGACCUGAUUGUUUUUCAUUGAAGGAUGCUCUUGAAUACAAAUGCAUAAAACUAAAAAUAACAUGGCAGCUCAACUGCUGAGCAGAGUAAAUCUUUGUAAGCCUUGAUCUUAAGUCCCUGUCCACAGCCGCAUUUUGAUUGAUGCACUAGAGAUGACAAGUAUGACCUUCCUUUCAGAGAACUGCCACAUACAUUAAAAUUAACAUUUUAAUUUGCAGGAGAGUCUACCAUAUGUUGCAUGUGUUCCAUGGUCCCAGUAUUCAACAUAGUCUUAAUCUUUGGUGAUAGGGCAAAGUGUUGGGGUGGUCACUAUGGGACAUUAUAAUGUCUGUAUUAAGAAGCAACUUCAUUGUAGCUGGUGUGACCACUCUUGGUCUGCCAGUGUCCUACCAUCAUCCCACCUCCCAUGGUCUGUUACAUGGAAGGUGUAUGACCAUUGCCUUGCAAACCCAUCAACUGGUUUUGCUCCCAAAGCUCACUGAAGUCACCGGUUUUGGUGUCCUUCCUGCCUUGUCAGCAACCAGCAAACCCCAGGGUGGAGUGGAUACUGCAGUAUGUGGUGGGAUAGGUACUGGCGUUUCGUGCAAGAGGCAGUUAUGUCCAGAGUCCCACAGUCUUGGCUAUAACAGGGAAAGGUACCUUCCCUCUUCCCUUUCCUCCCCUUAACUGCUAUCAGACCGAUGCAUGUGGUCAUUCCUGAAAC